UUGAACAAGACUGUUGAACAAGACCUUUGCAUACAGGAGACGGGAGGUAGUCAGAGACUAACCCAUGAUAUCAGAGUUCAAGACCAGAUGGCCAGGACUGUUCACUGUGCCUGAGGUGGAAGCAGAAUUUCUGAGGAUUACCACUGUUCCCCUUGUCACAAAGUUUUUUGCACAACUUGACUACCACGCUGAUCAGCUCAUCAGAUUGCUGAAGAAGGCAGGUGGAUCUAAAGGAAGGCAAAUUGACCUCAUCUUUGCCCCGACUGCACAGAAUGAAACCGCUGAAAAGAAGAGGGAGUGCCUCCUCACGACACUCUGUAUCUAUCUAAAUGAAAAUCCGAGCGGUCUCUUCAAAGAGUAUAUGGAUUCAGAUGGCUGUGCUGCCCGGAGGGAGCUUGAUCAACUUGUCUUUGGCAUCUACAGCAUUAAUGCUGAGGGAGGUGAUGCCACCAGCACUUCAGUUGAUGUUGGAAUAGUGAUUGAGGAUGUUGAAGUGCUUCAUGACUUGGGAGACAUAACUUCUGCAUGUGCAAUCUUAAUGGGUGUCAUAUAUACAAUGAACCUCAACUAUCCUCAAGAACUGAAAAUGUUGCUUCAGAAAAUCUUCCUCCAACUGGAUGAUUCCAGACUCUCACCCAAGGUACAGAUGAUUAAAAACAAACUGUAUGAGUGAACCAACAUUGAACGUUUGGCGUUUUACACAAGCCUGAUUUGCAGUUGAAACCAUUUAAUUGAAAAACUUUUCUUUUUUUGUGACGCGCCUCUGUUUUGGGUGACAUGUGUCUUUGUCAUGUAUGUACUUAAAAACGAUGAGUGAACCAACAUUGAGCACUUAAAAAGUUUGUUAAACGCCACAAACACCUGCUUUGCACUUGAAACCCUUUUUAUUGAAAACACUUGAAAGAUGGUAUACAUUUGAUCUUUUUUCAAUGGACGCACCAGUGUUCUGGGUGACAUGUUUCUCUGUCAUGUAUGUACUUAAACAAUGAGUGAACCAACAUUUAGCACUUAAAAGUUUGUGGCGUUUAACAUAAAGGCCUGCUUUACACUUGAAACCAUUUAAUAGAAAAACACUUGACCGAUUGUGUUAUUUUUAUCUUUUUUUAUCUGCGUGUUACAGACAAAAAAGAUAAAAAAAUACAAUCUGUCAAGUGUUUUUCUAUUAAAUGCACUGCUCAGGAGUUUUAUUUUUAUAAAAUUACCAACUUUACAUGCUGCAACUCAUAAGUGUUUUACAGUGUUUUUUCUCUUGUUAAAGAAAAUGUCAUAAAACUGAUGUG